CCAUGUCAUAACAUAGUGCCUCGGUGUUUCUCUGUCUUAUUUUUUAGUAUAUACACAAAAUACACCAAUAUAGAUAGAUAUAGAUAUGUAUAGAUAUGUGUGUUCAGCUAUACAUGUGUUACUGGUCUAAUCACCGGAACAGUCUUUCAGAGAUUGCCUCCAUGUAAUCUGCAUUUGUUUCACAAAUCCAACAGUCUUUUUGAUCCAAUCUUUGGUCAUAAUGUCUGCAAGAUUUAAAACUCAACAAUAUCCAGUGACACUUAACAUAUUUUAUAGUUGGUCACUUCAGUAAAUGCAGAUAGGUGGGGUUUUAUUGAAGACAAGACCAUGCGUUUUUUACUCAGCUAAACUUGUCUGUGGCUUCUGGUCAAAAACAUAUCUUAUCUUUAUAACUUUCAGUAGCUAAAAUAAUAAUUAAGACUGAACUACACUUUUAACUGAAACGGAGCGUAUAAGCCGCUUAAAUAGAUUUAAUGGCCCAUAAUGGGUUAGGCGGGUCGAUUCGGGUUCAGUGUGUCCGAAAAAAACCCUAAUUGAAAAUUGAUUGCUCAGAUAUAUAUAGACUUUGUGACUGAAAAUUGAAAGCUCUUGGCUUAACUUAACGGAGUGAUUCGUGAAAUGGCGACUGGUAAAACCGUGAAAGAUGUUUCUCCUCACGAUUUCGUGAAGGCUUACGCUUCUCACCUCAAGCGAUCUGGAAAGAUUGAGCUUCCUCUAUGGACAGACAUUGUGAAGACUGGUCGUUUGAAGGAGCUUGCUCCAUAUGACCCUGAUUGGUACUACAUUAGAGCUGCUUCUAUGGCCAGAAAGAUUUACUUGAGAGGAGGUCUUGGUGUUGGUGCUUUCAGAAGAAUUUAUGGAGGUAGCAAAAGAAAUGGAAGUCGACCACCACAUUUCUGUAAGAGCAGUGGUGGUAUUGCUCGCCAUAUUCUCCAACAGUUGGAGACAAUGAGCAUUGUCGAGCUUGACACUAAAGGAGGGAGAAGAAUCACUUCGAGCGGUCAACGGGAUUUGGAUCAGGUUGCUGGGCGUAUUGCAGCUGAAUCAUGAAGAGCUGUUGUUCUCCUUAUGCUUGCUUUGGAGGAGCCUCAAGAAUGUUAUAGAUCUUUUUAGCUUUUGUGAUUUUAGAUCUCUACUCUCUUCUGCUCUGUUCAUUUUGACGAACUAAUUUGAUAUUUGAUGAAGCUAUUAAAGUUUUGUUCUUUACAGUGAUUUUGUAUCCCAAGUUUACUCUUCUUCAUAGAAAUCUCAAGAAACAAUUUACUCUUCUC